AUGCCCCGCUGGGCGACAGCACCCAUCUCCCCAGCGGCUAACACCCGCUCGACGCGCUCCUCCACCGUCAUCAUCAAGCCCGAGCCUGUCGAGACCAAGCCAGUCAUCAAGCCCAAGCCCAAGGCUAAGGCUGACAAGACCAUGCCGGCCAAAGCGGCGACAACGAAGACGACCAGCAAGUCUGCCAAGCUGAAGAAGACCCCUGUCAAGGCUGAGGCCGCGGCUCCCAAGCCGUCCAAGGCGAAAAAGGUGGCCGCAGCUAAAAAGGUCAAGCAGGAGCCUGCGCAGAUCAAGCAGCAGCCCUCACCGUCGCCGUCGCUCAGCCCUGCCCCCGAGGUCGAGGAAGACAAGCCGGUUGUUUCGUCGCGCUCGGCCCCAAAGGCUCCCAAAGCGGACAAGGCUCCCAAGGCUCCAAAGAAGAAAGCUCCAAAGCCCAAGGUCAAGAAGGAGGCGUCGCCGUCGCCGUCGCUCAGCCCAGCUCCCGAUGUCAACUCUCUCACCCAGGCAACGCUCCUCCAAGCCGAGGCCUUCCCUCACAUCUUCGACGCCAUCCUCGGGUCUGCAUCUAUCAAGACCCUCCUCGCUGUGCGCGCGGCGUCCCGCGGUUUCCGUGACGUUGUCGACUGCGUGCUCGCAUCACAUCUCGUCGUCAAGUUCAAGGACCGCAACGCUUCCCUCGUGCAGGUCACCCCACGCGCGUUUGAUGGCAACUUCAAACCCUGCCCCACCGAGUGGGACACGCUCGAGCACUGGCUACACUACGCCAGCAAGGUCCGUGUCCUGGACCUGUGUGCUGACGUCGCGCCAUACGUCAAGGCCGAGCACAAGGCGCUGUUCACCAAGCUCCAGGUGCUCCGUAUCCGCGGCGAGCCUCACAUGCUGGCCUACUACUCUGGCUUUACGGCACAGACGCUCGUGGUUUGCCAGGGCCCGUUCCACACCUUGAUGCCGCCCCGCGCUCGUCAGACCCCGCUCCCCAUCGGAACGACCAAGCUCGUCUUCAACCUGAAGCACCGCGCAAGCUACGGCAAGCCUUACAUCGCGGUAGCGUUUGGGCAAUACGAGCACCCGGAGUCUCUCAAGGAAAUCGUCUUUUAUGUCGACAAACUGCAUCAGAAGAAACGCCCGCGCUAUGACAACGGCCGCGGUCCCGAGGUGACCGAGGACGAGCAUUACGACCUCGGGGGGCUGGUAAACGUCAUCGUCCCCAUGGCCUACUGCCAGGACGGCGACGACGAGGAACCAGAACAAGAGGACAAGGAUGAGGACAUGGACAUGCCAGCGCGUCCACCCCGUACCGACACGGUCAACGAGAACCCCUGCAAGAUCACGUUUGUCGACAUUGCGCAGCACGUCAACCCCUCGGGCCAGUGGGUUGGCGACACGACCGUCCUCAACACCAGUGCCGAAGAUGUGUUUGCCUCUCUGAAACAGAUCGAGAUGCUCAAGAAGAUUGAUGACCUCGAAAGUUUUGUCCGUUUCCUCCCCAAGGACGAGUACCGUGCCACCCUUUCGCCCGAGGAGUGGGACGACGAGACCAACUUUACGAUUUAG